AAGUAUUUCCAGAAAAACUGCCGGAGAGACAUGAAGGACGAACUUAAGGUGCGGUGAUAAGAGAAUAUUCUCGAAGAUACAGUUUAUAUCCCAGCUGCGGCUGUCUGUGAUUCACUUUUGCGUUGCUACAGCUGCAGUAGUGUGUCUGAUCUAUAAAGUGUUGUAGAAGUAAUUUCGCGUAGUUCUUGCGAAUGAUCCUCGAAAAGUCCAUACAUCCGCUAUAAUUUUUCGUUAUAACUCGACGACUUACGUAAAGCUACCGCGUAUAUUUAUGUGAUAGGAUCAAUUUGAAAAACGUGUGAUUUUGUUCGAGCAUAUGGUGCAGUUUUCAGUUCGUAUUUGCCAGGGUUCGGCAACGAGUUCAGCAGCGAGGACGAACGAUGUCCUGGUGCUCUUCCCGUCGGUCAGAACAGUCCGCAAAAAUGCCCCUACGGUCUGUACGCAGAGCAGUUGUCGGGGACUGCAUUCACAGCUCCUCGACUGGAGAACAAAAGGACGUGGUUCUAUCGAAUCAGACCGUCGGUCAACCACGAAGUGUUCGAGCCCAUGAAUGACGUCGCGGUUCAUCUUACGCACGAAUGGGACAAGAUUGCCCCGAAUCCCAACCAGCUACGCUGGAAGCCGUUCGACGUGCCGACUCGUCAAGGGCCGGAAGUGGACUUCGUCGAGGGUCUGCACACGGUUUGUGGCGCCGGGGACGCUCGCACGCGCGCCGGCAUCGCGGUCCACGUUUACCUCUGCAACGCCUCGAUGAAGGAUAAGGCCUUUUACAACUCUGACGGUGACUUCCUCAUUGUUCCGCAAUUGGGGGCUCUGUACAUCACGACGGAGUUUGGAAAAAUGCGCGUGGAACCGAACGAGAUCUGCGUUAUUCAGCGAGGCAUGAGAUUUUCCGUCAGCGUCUUCGGCCCCUCGAGAGGAUACAUCCUAGAGGUUUUCGACAAUCACUUCGAACUGCCGAACCUCGGACCGAUCGGCGCCAACGGUCUGGCGAACCCGAGAGAUUUCCAGACGCCCGUCGCUUGGUACGAGGAUAAAGACACGGCUUACAAAAUCGUGAACAAGUAUCAGGGAAAAUUAUUCGUCGCUAAUCAGGAUCACAGUCCGUUCGAUGUCGUCGCCUGGCACGGCAACUACGUCCCCUACAAGUACAGCCUUGAUCGCUUCAUGGUCGUCAACUCGGUCUCAUUCGACCACUGCGAUCCAUCGAUAUUCACUGUACUGACCUGUCCGUCGGCCAAGCCAGGAACCGCCAUCGCCGAUUUCGUCGUCUUUCCCCCGCGCUGGUCCGUCCAGGAACACACCUUCCGCCCGCCCUAUUAUCACAGAAACUGCAUGAGCGAAUUCAUGGGCCUGAUAAAGGGCCGUUACGAGGCUAAGGAGGAGGGUUUCCAGCCGGGCGGUGGCAGCCUCCACUCGAUGAUGACACCACACGGCCCGGACACCAACUGCUUCGAGGGAGCCUCCAACGCGGAACUUCGCGCCGAGCGCAUAGCCGACGGCACCCAGGCCUUCAUGUUCGAGACCUACUACGGCUUGGCCGUCACCGAGUGGGCGGCUCGUCUGUCCGGUAAACUCGACGCCGACUAUUACAAGUGCUGGCAGGGCCUCAGGAAACACUUCGAUCCGAGCCAGAAACCGCAGCAGCACUGAGAGAGAUGAGAUGCGAAAUUUGAACCGAUUCUGCGGCAAAUCGGUUCGACAUUUUUCACUGAUUGCGGCUUCGAUUAUAAUUUUACGUAUAAAUCACUUCGUAAAGUGACGAGCGUUCAAGAUUGAAAGAGCCAUCCACGAUUGAUUGAUUUUUUAUUUUGUAGCAUAGAAAAGAAUAUGGCUUAUAACGUGGCUUAUAAGCCAAUAAUAUAACAGAAAAUAUGAACGGGAAAAAGCAACUAACUAUCCUGUGUUUUUGUAUACUUAUACCUUCAUUUUAUUUAUUAAAGCUAUACAUUUUUCCUCAAA